AUCUAAAUGACAAGGAUAAAGGUCUUUAAAAAUUCUACUUUCUCUUACUCGACUCGAUAGGCUGCCAUGUUUAGACCGCUCGGCGACAUUGAGAUGACAAACUGAAAAUACAGAAAGUGAAAGUAAAAACUGAAAAUGAAAGUGAGUCAAGAAAAAUAAUUCCUUCAAUAAAAGAAGAUUAAACAUAUCUGAGUUAAAGUAUAGGUAUGUUGAUCACGCACGGUAUAACUCAAACUUGAAAUGGUUUACUGUUUUCUCAAAAAGAACAAACCGACCUCGAGUUUGUAUACAAACUGUGUAAACAACAAAAGGUUCAAAAUCCAGAUUUAUCAUCACUAUUCUACAAUGGCGGCUGUACUGAAGCAUUGGCGAGAAUCAGCAACGUUGCUUGUAGUAGCAAAGACUUCUAAACUUAUACCGAAUGGUGUAAACGGUGGAGGCUUGCAGCUGGAAGGUACAGGUGCAGAGCAAUCGCAAUACAACUACAAGAUGCUGAUGCUGAAAAGGUCAGACAAAAGCAAGUUCAUGCCUAAUGUGUAUGUUUUUCCUGGGGGUAUAGCGGAGGACGCUGACUUUUCGGCAGAAUGGCUAGACCUCUACAUGAAAUUUGGCGAAUCGGAGAGCAAAGAGCUGUUUAAAUAUCUGACUUCGGCUGGAACUGGCCCCCCAAUGUUCAGCAGAACACGAGACCAAGAGUUCCAGCACAUUCCCAGUGAGCUAGCUUUCAGAAUCUGUGCUAUACGUGAAACGUUUGAAGAAUCUGGUGUUCUUAUUGCUAGAAGUAUUGAGGACAAGUCACACUUAAACUCAGAUUAUCCCAGGAAGCCAGUUUGGGGUACAAGUUUUCCUAUGGAAACUCAGGUAGCAGAUGAGUGGAGGAGACGUGUGGACAAAAACCCAUUAGAGUUCAUAAAAAUGUGCCGUACUCUAAAUGUGAUUCCAGACGUAUGGUCUUUGUCCGAGUGGUCGAACUGGUUGACCCCAGUGACUCUAUCAAAUACUGGGAAGGGAGCGAGGCGACGAUAUGACACAGCCUUUUUCAUGUGUGUAGUGGACCACCUUCCAGAGGCUAUGCACGACAACAACGAGACUGUGGAUUUAAAGUGGAUAGCCCCAGACACUCUGCUGAGCGAAUACUACCGUUCUAAGGGCCUUCUUGCCCCUCCCCAGGUGUAUGAGGUUCACAGGCUCCUCCACUUUCAGCUGGUUGAGGACCUUCAUCGUUUUAACUGGGAUAGGGCCCUCAAACAUCGUGUCAGACAGUACUUUCCUGUCGUUGUUGGCUGUGAGGAUGAUUUCGUUAUUGUGUAUCCAGGUGAUGAAUUAUACCCCGAGGAACUGGACAGAAUUGGUGAGAGUCCAAUCUUAACCGUGAAAUGUUCCCUGGAAGACCUUCCCAAAAGGUAUCCAUCAAUGAACAGGAUGCAUAUGGUUGUGGAUGGGCAACAGUGGGUCAACAUUUCUGCUGGGGAUGGUCAAGUCAUCCCCAACUUUGAGCGGACAUUUCAACAAUCUCUCCAACCCAAACUGUGAUAACAUUAUUUGUACUUUCAUUAAUAUGAUAAAUAUGUAUUAUACACAUUAUUUUAUAGUCUCAUCUCAAAACCACAAUUCAUGUUUUUUAUCAUACUAUUAAACCUAUUUUAUUGUAUGAAGCUGAAAUUUGGAGAUACCGGUAUUAUAAUCCAUUUGCCAAAAUAAAUUCAUAUCCCUGGUUGUGCACUUGACAAAAUAUAUUCCAAUACACUAUAACACGCAUCACUCAAUUUAUAUUCACACACUGCUGGAUAAAUUGCAAUUUAAGUUUUGCAAAUCAAUACAUGUACUUGGUAUGCAUAAAUAUGCAACAAACUCUACUGUUCUACAUGAACUGGGAUGAUUUCCCUUAUAUUUUGUUAUCAUUAAAAGAUCCUUGAGUCAUUGGUACAGACUUGAGAAUUAUAAAUAUAAUACCGUAAAUAU